AUGAACAAAGAUACCCUGACUGAUAAACACGAAGUUUUUUACAACGACAGUGGUGAAACCCUGGCACAGCUGAAAUGUGGGAACUGUGGUGAAGUUUCUGAGAAAUGGCAGUGUCUGCGAUUGAUGGACAGUGCUCCCCUGAAAGGAGGCAGAGGAAGUGCCACCAUGGUGCAGAAAUGCAAGCUGUGCUGCAGGGAGAACUCCGUUGAUAUUUUAAGUCAGACAAUCAAACCUUACAAUGGAGGGUUUGUCGCUGAAGGUGCAGAAUCUGGCACACCUUUUAAUGACAUAAACUUGUUAGAAAAGGAUUGGAAUGACUAUGACGAAAAAACAAAGGAAUCUGUUGGAAUCUAUGAAGUUACCCAUAAAUUUGUAAAAUGCUGA